UCCAUAAUUAUUUAAAGCUUUCCAAACCAGGCUAUUUUUGUUUCAUCUUCUUGAAACAAAAAGUGUCUGAAACUUUGCUGACAUCUCUUAAAAUGUCGUGUUUUUGUUUGGUGUUUUUGUCACGUAAAAUAAUUUUGGUCCAUGUUUUAUUUCUGUUAUUUGUUGCCUCAUGUAAAGGGAAAGUGCAGCUGCCGGAAAAUGUAACAGUGAGGGCUGUUUUUGCUUUCGGAGAUUCCAUUGUUGAUCAAGGAAACAAUAAUCACAUAGCAACAGUUGUUAAAUGUAAUUUUGAGCCAUAUGGGAAGGAUUUCAUGGGUGGAAAACCUACUGGAAGGUUUAGCAAUGCUAAGACCCCCUCCGACUUGAUAGUGGACGAACUGGGAAUUAAAGAACUGAUGCCAGCUUAUCUUGAUCCUAAUUUGCAAGCUGAAGAUCUUAAAACUGGAGUAAGCUUUGCUUCAGGAGCUACUGGAUUUGAUCCUCAAACACCUGCCCUUGUGUCAGUGAUUCCUCUAUCAACACAAUUAGAUCAUUUUAGAGAAUACAUCGGGAAGCUGAAGCAAUUAGUUGGAGAAGAAGAAGCGAACGACAUAUUGAGGAAUAGCGUCUUCUUAGUGGUAGCCGGAAGCGAUGACCUGGCCAACACCUACUUCACCGUCGGAAUUCGCCGGCUGCAGUAUGAUGUUAACGGAUACACUGAUCUUAUGGCCGCCGGAGCUUCUGAAUUUAUCCAAGAACUAUACAAAUUGGGAGCAAGAAAAAUAGCGAUUUUUGGAGUUCCACCCAUAGGGUGUUUGCCUUCCCAGAGAACACUAGGUGGAGGUAAAUCAAGAGAGUGUUCAGAGGAAUACAAUCAAGCUGCACAAUUAGCCAACACUAAGCUCUCUGCUGCAAUUGAUUCAUUGUCCAAAAAUCUCCUUCAAAGCAAGUUGGUUUUCGUUGAUAUCUACAGUUCUCUGCUUGAUCUCAUUGUCAACCCUCAAAAACAUGGAUUUGAAGUAGUAGAUAGAGGAUGCUGUGGUACUGGAAACAUAGAGGUGGUAAUACUGUGCAACAAAUACAGUGGAACAUGUGAAGAUGACACAAAAUAUUUAUUUUGGGAUAGUUACCAUCCCACGGAAAAAGGUUACAGGAUCCUUGUUGAUCAGAUCCUUAAAAAGUAUGUCAAUAGUUUCAUAUAAACAUGGAUCCAAUCAAGACCAGGAUUUGCUUUCUGUAACCUCUGCAAUUUACAAACAUCAGAAGCAAGGUCAAAACCACUGCAUUUUCGUCCAAUCGUCCUUCAUCAGUUGCUUCAUCUCUGGAUCUUGAUUGAUGGAGCUUUAUUUCUUACACAGCAUGUGUCUGUAGUCUGAAAAACUUUGCAACUCUGUACAUCUCAUUUCUGUUCAUUACAUGCCAUAUGUUAUGGCAUUUGUGUUUUUGAGAUUGAAAGAAAAUCAUGUUUGUGCA